AUGGAGCAUGUUAGCCAUUAUAUCCAAAUGAUGUCUCUACACACUCAUAAUAAUGCGCUGAUGUGCAAGGUGUUUCCCUCGAGCCUUAAACCCACAGCAUUGAGAUGGUUCAAUGGGUUACGUAAGGGUUUCAUCCACAGUUUUGCUAAGUUAAUCCAGGAGUUCGGCACACGGUUUGUAACCUGCAGCCAGGUACCGCAACCGGUGGACACGUUGCUUUCUAUGAAGAUAAGGCUUGGGGAAACCCUUCGCAGUUAUGCCAGCCAGUAUUACGAGCUUUACAAUGAGAUAGGUGGAGACAACGAAAAGAUCGCAGCAAGCACCUUUAGAAUGGGACUCCCUGAGGACUCCGGAUUACGGGAAUCGCUAACUAAGAAGCCUCCCGAGGGCAUGAAGCAGCUAAUGAGGUGCAUCGAUGAGUACAAGCGUCUCAAAGAUGAUCGGCUGCAAAGUAAGGGCAAGGCCCCACUAGUGAAUUGCCCUCGGCAGCUCGGAUUUCAACCAAGAGCCUGGAAGGACCUAAGAAUACAAGAGACAGAAGUGCAGAUAGGAGAAGUGAAUGUGACAUUUAAAGAGCCGGAUAAGGGCCAUACAACCGAGCAAUGUUGGAUGCUGAAGGACCAUUUAGGACAGUUAGUGAAGGCAGGAUAUCUAAAGGAAUUUGUGGUGGAUUCCAAAAGUUGGGGUAUCAGCCAGGGCACUCAACAGAGGAGAAAUCCCCUCCCACCACCAUUAGGAGUGAUUAAAGUUAUCCACGCCACCCCAAGGGGUCUGAUCAUAACCAGUAGAGGAGUACUGAUUGUUGUACCCACUGGCAACUGCGCGGGAGAGCAAUCGCCUGUGAAAAAGAUGAAGAUUGAAUGGAAGGCAAUUGCCUUUGGCAAUGAGGACUUAAAGGGAACGGUCUAG